UCUGCCGCAGAACGGAUGUAGAGGCGGAUGUGCACAUCCGCAAAAAAGUGUACAAUUUUGGGAUUUUCCAAGGGCCAGAAUCAUGAGCAAGAAAAGCAAUGUUUGGCAGUUCUUCUACAAGGCAUCCGACACAGUGGCCACUUGCUGCCUAUGCAACAGGAACUACUCGCGGAAGGGACGCGGCACCACCUGCCUAAGGAACCAUCUGAAGAGUAAACACCCAAGCGAGUUUCUAACUCUUUCCGAGGACAUUAAGUACAUGGAUCUGGUAAAGAGGGAGAUAUCCAGUAGCUCUCCCCAGCAUCCCACGGCACAAUUGGAAUUAAAUUUGCACGAAACGGAUCCAGAUCCUUUAGACACCGAAGACGUUUCCUGCAGUGCCCGCUGUGAUGAGAAAUUAGCUCUAAUGCUACUUAACCUUUCCUUCAAAUUCAUUGAAGAACCGGGGUUCGUGAACUUUGUAAGAGUCCUGCAGCCGAGAUAUGUGAUCCAAUCAAGAAACUACUAUGAGAAUCUACUUUGUAAGGAUAUACACAGAAAAAUGCAAGCGCAUCUUAAGGAGCAGAUUGAUCUUUUGGAUGCCAUAUCGUUGUCCACAAGUUAUUGGAGGUGCGACAGUGGUGAAGGACUGCUGACUUUGACUUGUUCUGGAAUUUCAAGAGAUUUUCAAAGCCACCGACUAAUGCUAAAAUGCGAGGCUGUAAACUAUGGAAGCUCUUCAAAAUUGGCGUGCUGUAUUCGGGAUCUAAUACCCAGCUUGCCAUUAGAGGUUCCCAAAGAAAAGAUUCAUUGCGUGAUUAGGGACGAAACAACGGCUGUGUCAGGCUCCCUUCCCGAUUGCAGUGUGCAUCGUUUGCAGAUGUGCGUAAGAUUUUCGUUGCAGUCGAACGAAUUGCUCCAGAACCUGUCUUCAAAGUGCAAGCAAAUAGUUGAUCAUUUCGCUUCUUCUAAGAUGGGCCAUGAUCAUCUUAAAUUCAUUCAAGAAAUCCGCCUAACAAGAGACGCUUGCAAACUCCAGUCUUAUGAUCCAUUACAAUGGAAUUCGACCUUCCAGAUGAUGGCCAGCGUGUUCAGGAUGAAAGAUGCUAUCUCUCUAUACUGCGAAGAAUAUAAUUUGGUCCAAAUAUACCCUGAUGAAUGGAUAGACAUUGAUUUGUGCAGCAAAGUUAUGCAGCCUUGUGAAGAAAUCAUUAAGAUUUGGAGCAAUCCCUCCACCACCACGUCAUCGGUAAUUCCACUGGUGGCCGCUUUGCGGGAUUCUCUUAGAACUGAUGUUCACAACUAUGUUUCCUCUGUGACUAUUUGCAGUUUUGCCAGAAAGCUGCUUGAAGAACUGGAAAUGAAGUUUUCCCACGUCACUAGUGAUAUCAGAUUUUUAAUGGCCACCUAUUUAGAUCCAAGGUAUAAGCAAGCGUUCUUUUCCGAGCGGGAGGAGCAGUUGGUGGCCAAUGAGGUUUUGCUGCUGCUUACCCGAGUACAUGAAGACAGCAACGGCCAACCGCCUUUAAAAGUAAACAAAGUUUCAUCUUCCUCCUUCCAUAAGAAUGAAUCAAAAAUUGAUAGCAUUCUGGAUAAUAUGUUAACAACUUUGUCAACUAAUACUCAACAGACGACAACAUCAUUUGGGUCCCAGUCACAGAUUAAGAAUCUAUUAUAUCUAUACAACUCCGAGCCUAGGAUCGAUAGAAAUAUGGACCCCUUGAUGUGGUGGAAGGCAAACAUAAAGUAUAGUUCCAUGUAUUCUAUCGUUAGGAGAUUUUUGUCGGCUCCAGCGGCAAGCGUGGCUAGCGAAAGCCUGUUUAAAGAAUCUCCACACUUGUUUUGUGAUAUACGAGCUGGAUUGUGCGCCGAAAAUGCAUCCAAAAUAUUCUUGAUAAAGUCUAACUUUAGAAAUUCGUAUAGCAAGGAGUAGUUUAU